AUCAUUGUCUACGUUGCUAAAAUCCCAUUUGCCAAACCCAAGAUUCCCCUGAUAUCCUUCCUUACACAUGAAGCUCUUACAUUAAAACAACACUAUGAUGUAUAUAAAGAUACACCAUCGGCAUAUGCUAAACCAACACUUUCCCCAACGAAAAUGACAACUGCUAGGUUUAUUAAGUGUGUGACGGUGGGAGACGGUGCGGUAGGGAAGACAUGCAUGCUCAUUUCGUACACUAGCAACACGUUCCCAACGGAUUACGUUCCGACCGUGUUUGAUAACUUCAGCGCCAACGUCGUUGUGGAUGGCAGCACAGUGAACAUUGGCCUCUGGGAUACGGCAGGGCAAGAAGACUACAACAGAUUACGGCCUCUAAGUUACAGAGGAGCUGAUGUAUUUUUAUUAGCCUUUUCUCUAAUCAGCAAAGCCAGCUAUGAAAACAUAUACAAGAAGUGGAUGCCCGAGUUAAGGCACUAUUCUCCAAAUGUACCAAUUGUCCUGGUCGGGACCAAACUUGACUUGAGAGAAGACAAGCAAUUUUUAAGUGAUCAUCCCACUGCACUUCCUAUAACUACUGCCCAGGGUGAAGAAUUGAAGAAAAUGAUUGGUGCAGUAGCUUAUAUUGAAUGUAGUGCCAAAACUCAACAGAAUGUGAAAGCUGUGUUUGAUACUGCAAUUAAGGUGGUUUUGCGACCCCCAAAACUGAAGAAAAAGACGUCCAAGUCCAGAAGAAUAUGCACUUUCCUCUGAAAUUCAACAAUUAAUAUUCUUGCAUCCAUACAUCUCCCUACUCAAAAUUUUCUCUUAUUUCAUUUUUCAGACAUUAAAAAUUCAUCCUAGAAUUUCUUUUUUGGGGUGCCAUAAUAUCUUGUAAUGUAUAAAAAGGGUAAUGGAGAUGCCUUUUGUGACGAUAUUUUCCCUUAGAAAGUAUCAUGCACCCAAAAUAAUACAUAGUAUUAUUAUUAAUUAACUUGCAUCGUAAUUACAAUUCAAACU